AUUCACAAUCAACAGCCAUGGAAGCAGCAGUCAAGAAAUCAAAAGACUCAUUGCAUUGGGUAAAUGUGCUGCAAAGGACCUCUUCAAAGUUUUGAAGAGCAAAGAUGUCACCUUGAAGACUAAGGUGUGCCUGACCCAAGCCAUGGUAUUUUCAAUCGCAUCAUAUGCAUGUGAAAGCUGGACAGUGAAUAAGGAAGAUUGAGGAAGAAUUGAUGCCUUCGAAUUAUGAUGUUGGUGAAGAAUAUCGAAUAUACCAUGGACUGCCAAAAGAAUGAACAAAUCUGUCUUGGAAGAAGUACAACCAGAAUGCUCCUUAGAAGCAAGGAUGGCAAGACUGCGUCUUACAUACUUUGGACACCUUCUUGGGAGGGAUCAGUCCCUGGAGAAGGACAGCGUGCUUGGCAAAGUACAGGGUCAGAGGAAAAGAGGAAGACCUUCAACGAGGAGACCCGUGUACAGUAUCAUCUCAGUUGGAGUUAGAAGAAGCCUUUAGGCUUUAUGAGCUAAACAAGGAUUCUGAACUCUUAAUUCACGUAUUCCCCUGUGUACCAGAACGCCCUGGAAUGCCCUGUCCAGGAGAAGAUAAAUCUAUCUAUCGCCGAGGUGCACGCCGCUGGAGAAAGCUUUAUUGUGCAAAUGGCCAUACUUUCCAAGCCAAGCGUUUCAACAGGCGUGCCCACUGUGCCAUCUGCACUGACCGAAUAUGGGGACUUGGACGCCAGGGAUAUAAGUGCAUCAACUGCAAACUACUAGUUCAUAAGAAGUGCCACAAACUCGUCACAGUUGAAUGUGGGCGACAUUCUUUGCCACCGGAACCAAUGAUGCCCAUGGAUCAGUCAUCCAUGCAUUCGGACCAUGCACAGACAGUAAUUCCAUAUAAUCCUUCAAGUCAUGAGAGCUUGGACCAAGUUGGUGAAGAAAAGGAGGCAAUGAACACCAGAGAAAGUGGCAAAGCUUCAUCCAGUUUAGGACUUCAGGAUUUUGAUUUGCUCCGGGUUAUAGGAAGAGGAAGUUAUGCCAAAGUACUACUGGUUCGAUUAAAAAAAACAGAUCGUAUUUAUGCAAUGAAAGUUGUGAAAAAGGAGCUUGUCAAUGAUGAUGAGGAUAUUGAUUGGGUGCAGACAGAGAAGCAUGUUUUUGAGCAGGCAUCCAAUCAUCCUUUUCUUGUUGGGCUGCAUUCUUGCUUUCAGACCGAAAGCAGGUUGUUCUUUGUUAUAGAGUAUGUAAAUGGAGGAGAUCUAAUGUUUCAUAUGCAGAGACAAAGAAAACUUCCCGAAGAACAUGCCAGAUUUUACUCUGCAGAAAUCAGUCUAGCAUUAAAUUAUCUUCAUGAGCGAGGGAUAAUAUAUAGAGAUUUGAAAUUGGACAAUGUAUUACUGGACUCUGAAGGACACAUUAAACUCACUGACUAUGGGAUGUGUAAGGAAGGAUUACGGCCAGGAGAUACAACUAGCACUUUCUGUGGUACUCCUAAUUACAUUGCUCCGGAAAUUCUAAGAGGAGAAGAUUAUGGUUUUAGUGUCGACUGGUGGGCUCUUGGAGUGCUAAUGUUUGAGAUGAUGGCAGGAAGGUCUCCAUUUGAUAUCGUUGGGAGCUCUGAUAACCCUGAUCAAAACACCGAGGAUUAUCUCUUCCAAGUUAUUUUGGAAAAACAAAUUCGAAUACCACGUUCUCUGUCUGUAAAAGCUGCAAGUGUCCUGAAGAGUUUUCUCAACAAGGAUCCAAAAGAACGAUUGGGUUGUCAUCCUCAAACGGGAUUUGCUGAUAUUCAGGGACACCCAUUCUUCCGAAAUGUGGAUUGGGAUAUGAUGGAGCAAAAGCAAGUGGUACCUCCCUUUAAACCAAAUAUUUCUGGGGAAUUUGGUUUGGACAACUUUGAUUCUCAGUUUACUAAUGAACCUGUCCAGCUCACUCCAGAUGAUGAUGACAUUGUGAAGAAGAUUGACCAGUCUGAAUUUGAAGGUUUCGAGUAUAUCAAUCCUCUUCUGAUGUCUGCAGAAGAAUGUGUCUGAUCCCCAUCUGCCGGCUAUGCGUUUUGCUUGUAUUGCCAUUUAAUGCAUGGAUAAACAUGUUACCAGCCUGGGUACAAUGAUGCAGGUUUAAAAACUAACCAUUUGACAUUUGCCACCUAUGGAAAAGCACUCAGUAUCUCCUGUUGUUGACUAUAAGAGUUAAUUAUUACGUCUAAGCUUAACGUAAAAAAAAAAAGAAACUAGUUUCCAGACAAUCAGUCAUACCAAAAUUUAGUUGUACUGGUUAUUCAGUGGCCUACUUCAGAGUUACAAAGUUAUUAUCUCUUUUAUUUAAAGGAAAUACUUUCUACUGCUUUGAAAGAAGAAUAUCUGUUGGAUUGAGGCACGUAGUGGGAUUAUAGCAUAAAAAAAAUAAGCCACCUACAAUUUCUGUUGUUUAAUUUUGAAAUAAAAGAUUAAUUCAAAAUACACCUUUUAAUGUUACCUAUUAGUUUCCAAGUUCUUUAUGUUUCAAAAUUCAGCUGGAAAUCUUAUUGCCCUGGAUAAUUAAGCUGUUGAUUUUAAGGUAACGGUUAUUAACUGAUAAUAAAAGGUGUUGCUUGCAUACAGUUGGAGAACACAGAUUCUUCUUGAGUAAAAAGAUACGACACAUUAAGAAUCAGCUCUUUUUAAGAAGGUGGCACAAGUGAUUUUUUAGGAUGAUAACGGAGUAACUUCUGCGCUUACUCCUUUAGCCAGAACCUUAACUGGAACGUUAAUCACUGUAGCUCAAAGAACUCAGGAUGCGACUGAAAGAAAAUUUCUCAGUAUAUGCAAAGGAAAAUAUAGAAAUUUAAAGUAGAUACAGAAAAGUAUAAUAGUACUAUUUAUUUCUUAUUGGAGAGUAAAUUCCACAGUUGCUUUACGUAAUUUGAUUUAAAUAAUGAGGAGCAACUCACUUGUGAAAGCAUUGCAUUUAUUCAGGGGAGGCAGAACAUAUAAUAUUUUUUGCUUAAUAAUUUAUUAUACAGGAAAGGAAUUUAUCUUCCAAGUAGACUGUCUUAACUAUACUCAUUUCUUCCCCCAAAAAAGACAUUGUCCAUACUUUUGGACCCAUUUAUAGUGUUUUCAGUGAAAUUCAAGAAAAAUAAUCAGCACGUUCAGGGCACACAUCCACUCACACCAUGGUCCCAGCUCCUCAAGUGCAUUCGUGUGAAGUAGGUAACACAUGGAACAUGGAGUAGAAUACAUUUCAGGGGCAGAGUUCUUCAGGCCAUUUUUUAUUAAUAUUAGUGUUUAGCAAUUUCUUAUUUAAAAGGGUGCCAGAUAUAGCACCCUUCUCUUCUUUAUUUUAAAUCAUUUUUUUAAUGAAAAGGGACUUCUUAAGAAGUAACUAUGAUUAUCUAAAUUACUUACAAUUGUUGAAUCUUAGUGAAAUUAAAUUUUAGGGAACACUAGUCUUAAAUUUAGAAUGAGAAAAAUUAUGGGCAUUUAAUAAAUAAUACUUUCUUUUUUAGAAGCUAUAUUUUGUUAGAAAUAUAAUUUUUCUGAAGUUUCAGGCCAUAUAUUCUCUUUUCUUCAAAUAACUAGGUCUGAAAGCAGUGAAAAUCCCAAAGGAAAACGUUUGUAUGUAAUCACAUGUUCAUUUGACAGGUAUACAUGUUCCUCCGAACACCUGAAACUUGUUUAAAACAAAAAGCAGUAUUCACUUCAAGUCAUGAAUUUAUAGAGAACGGUGACAUCUUAUGUCAGAAAUGUGUUUAUGAUCUUGCUUUUAAGUGAUGCUUUUUCUCCUAGGGCAUUACUUCUUAAAUUUUAGAAUGUGGAGCAAUCACCUAGGGAGUUUGUUUCAGGUGCGCGUUGCUGGGCCCACUGUAGAAUUCAGUGCGCCUCUAGACCUCACUUUGAGAAACACUUCGGUGGAGUUAUUCUUCCUUUGCCCUGUGGUUAAAUAUUAGAAAGCAUAUUCAUGAUAAAACAUUUUGAGGAGGGAUGAGCAGUGAGUUACUACCUUAUCCACAAUUUUAAAUUUUGAGUGAAUGACUUGAAGUUAGAUCAUCUUCUCAAAACAAAAUCAGUUUUCUACUGAUUUUCUAAUGUUACAAAUGAUGGACAUUUUUCUAUGAUGAGGUUUUAACCAUUAUUCAGGUGUUUUUUUUGUUUUUAAAUCUUUUUUUUAACUAAUAAUAUUUCAUGUGUAUAUUUUAUACAGAAUUACAUUACCAAUAUGUUUUUAAUUGUGUUCUGUUUUUGCCAUCUUUAAGUGCCAUGCCGGUCCUUUGUGAAAUAACAGUUCUCAGAAUACUCACCAGGGGAAUAAGGCAGAAUGAUGGUCUGAAUGGUUAGAAUUUCAGUGUUCUAAGAAAAGUUGUAUUUUGCGUAAGCGUGAUAUUUGUGGUCAGAUCAUUUUAUGUGUACGCAGCCUGGAUUUAGAUACCAGGUAUUAUGCUUGUUUGGUACCGGUACGUUUGUAUUUUUAACUUUUUUGUUUUUGUUUUGUCAUGUAGAAUACUGCCUUGGUCGUCAUAAUGUAAUCUGUAUUUGCAUACCAUUUUUUUUUUUUACUUUAAAAUCUUCAAAUAAAAUGUUUAAUACCCCGCUAGAAUGGAAUGUUUUUAAUAUGUAGCAGAUCAGAAAUUUAUAUAAGUACAAAGUUACAUCAAAAUUUAUUUAAGAAGGAAAAUGAAAACUUUCGAGUUUGGAAUUUUGCUGUUCUUAAAGCAGCAUUCUGGUAGUGAUGAUGCUGUCUGUAUUUUAGACAUUCACCCAUAAAUUAAAAUAAUCCCCAGUGUAUUUUUAAUCCCACCUUUUCAUGCAUCUCUUCUAGUGGAAAACAAAUUAGUAAAAAAUCAGCGAAACACAGCAUCUAAAGUGGUUUUAAAACUGAAGCAAAUUUAAACAGGUUUAGAACAGAUGAUUUUAAGGAUUAGAUUGUACAGCUGUUGGUUCUACCCUGGAGUUCCAGAACUCUUACUUUUUCAGUUGUAGCUAGUGUCCCUGGAUAAGCAAGUGGGAGCGUGGUGCUACAGGUUACAGCCCUCUUUACCAUACUAAAUCAUUGUUUUCUUCCCUUCACAAGGAGAGGGACUCUAAAGCACCUUUACUUUUUUCGGAAUUGACUCGUCAGAGAGCAAGGGCCUGUAUUAAACCACCUGAGGACUGAUCUCCUGUGCCUUCUCCAUUAUUUUAUCCUAAUCUCAACUCCUGCUUAAAAUGCAGUUACAAGGCAGCAUUAAUGAACUAUUGUCCAGGCUUCCUGUACCAAAUCAUAAAUUUGGUUGUUUUCUCUUAGUAAAAGCCCAAAGAGGAGCUUGAAGCUUUAGGGAAGGUUUACAUUAAGGCAGUUAGCCACUGGGGCAACCAGUUUCUCCCUGAAAUUCAGUAGCUUGGCUUCUGGACAACACCCAACAGUGAGUCAUUUGGUAUAUUUAAUGGCUGUUCCAUAAGUUUACCCUCCUCUGCUUUGGGACUUAAGGGAUUAGUUAAGACCCAGGUAGUCUAGGCAGGUUUGUAUCCAUAGUUAAGUUAGUUCCAGAAUUUUCUGGAAUUGGGGAAAAUGUUUCUAUUUAAUAGAUAUUUCCAGCAUCCUCAUCUCACUAUCAUGAAAUCCUAACUUAAUAUCUGCCUCCAUAUUUUCCUAUUCAAGGUGCUAAAUAAAGUGAAUAAAAAGACUGCCCUUGACAUUCAGAAUGGAGAAUAGACAUACUGGAUGCUUAUCUUCACAGCAGUCCAGUGAUGAAUGCCAAAUAAAUGCUGUGUGGUCAUGAUUGUUAUCAGCUUCACUAAUGAAACUUGUCUGGGUUUUAUUUGAUGUUCAUAUGUAAUUGAUCCAUGGUAAAUAGACAUUUUUUACAUUUAUGGUAGAUUCCCCAAAGCUUUCUGAAUUCACAUGUACCCUGUGAAAUAUUUGAUGCCUGUGUAUAUAUGUAUAUAUACCCUCCCCCCCCCCCAAAAAAAAUCCACUGCCUUCAAGUCAAUUCUGACUCAUAGGGACCCCAUAGGGUUUCCAAGGCUAUAAAUCUGUGGAAGCAGACUGCCACGCCUUUCUCCUAUGGAGCCACUGGUGGUUUGAAUCUCCGACCUUUCAGUCAGCAGUUGGUUGUUUUAACCACUAUGCCACCAGGGCUUCUAUAUAUAUAAAUAAAACAAACAAACAAAACAAAACCCCUUACCAUUGAGUCUAUUCUGAUUCAUAGCAACCCUGCAGAGGGUUUUCAAGGCUGUAAAUUUUUACGAAAGUGGACUGCCACAUCUUUCUCCCAUGGAGCAGCUGGUAGGUUCAAACCAUUGACCUUUUGGUUAGCAACCGAGUGUGUAACUAUGUGUGUAUAUGUACACACACACACACACACACACACAGAGGAAACCCUGGUGGCGUAGUGGUUAAGUGCUACGGCUGCUAACCAAGAGGUCGGCAGUUUGAAUCUGCCAGGUGCUCCUUGGAAACUCUAUGGGGCAGUUCUACUUUGUCCUAUAGGGUCUCUAUGAGUUAGAAUCAACUCGACGGCAGUGGGUUUUUUUGGUUUUAUACACACACGCACACACUCUGUAUUUUUACACAACACAUGCCUUCUAUGUUUCCCAACCGCUCCCUUCAAGGUAUUUUUGUUAAUACACUAUGCUAAUUUUUUUUUUUUUUUUUUUACAGCAACAUGUAAAAAAAAAUUGGCAUAGUGGUAAUUUGAGAAUACCUUGUGGGGUGGGAAGCAGGGAAGUGGUUGGCAAACAAACGUAGAAGGCAUGCGUUAUUUGUGUAAAAAUUGGGGUGUACACACACAUAUACAUGUUCACAUUAUGUGAAAGAUUAUUUUUGGCUUUUGUGCUGAGAAAUAUGAGUUGGAUUUUACAUGGAAAUGGGAGAGAAAACUGUCAGAUGCUUCCGCUUGGAUAUUGUGCAAUCCAGUUCUGAAAUUCAUCGUUAAAAUGAGUCCAGCUCAGAAUUUCAGGCUUUGAAUGUGAAAUGCAGCAGUGCAGUUGACUCUCAUCUGGCAACUUGUGUCUGUCUUACUGGCAGGGAGAUUGUGGUUUGUAUUCCAAUUACCAUUCUUAAUUUUUUUUUUGUUUAACUGAAAUUAUAAGUAUUUAAGAAUUAAGUGGCUUUUGAGUGUGAUCUUUUACAGGAUACCUGAACAUUAAAGCCCAAGCCAGAUGGAGUCACUAGACUUGAGUAAGUGUUUGUUGAAGUUUGUAUUGACAGGUUAGCUGGUCUGAAGCAAAUUCUAACUGUGUAAGAAAUAGCCUGUUGAAAGACUGUAUAGUAAAACCCUUAAAAUAUUCGAUCCUUUGUUUUUUCCAAAAAAAGAGAAGUGCUGAAUCUCUAGAAGUAGUGCCACUUAACCAGACUUUAAACUCACAUGACAAAAACUUACCUGUAAUGUGGAUAUGUGGGUGACUACACUUGGUGACUUUUUACAUUAUUCAUAACAUAUGUAGGAGUAAAAUCAUGUGAAGGUAGCUAAGUCCAGAAACAUAA